AUGCUAGCACUAUUGUCAAACAAGUUUGUUAUUGCACUUUUGGUGCUUGCUCAUGUAACAAAUGCAUUGCACUUUUACGUGAAAACCGGUGAAACGAAAUGUUUUUUCGAGGAAUUGCAAGAGGACACGUUAGUCGUUGGUAGAAUCGACGCUUAUGAAAAAAAUGAUCAUUCAAACGAUUAUCUUAAGAACAAAAACUUACAGGUGCAAAUCACAAUCGAUGAAACAUUUGACAAUGACCACAGAGUGAUUGAUCAAAAAUCUUCUCCCGAUGGAGAGUUUACAUUCACAUCUUUGGAGUCCGGGGAACACAAGUUUUGCUUAACUCCAGUUUACAAUGACAACACAAGAAACAAGGUGCACCGGAUUUUCUUUGAUGUUGCACAAGGCUCUAGUCACGACUAUGUUGACUCCAAGUCAACCCGUUCAGUUGAAAACUUGACAAAGAGAGUUAAUUACUUGUACGAUCAAUUAAACAAAAUCCAUUGGGAACAAGAACAAAUGAGAGAAAGAGAGGCUGCAUUCAGGGACCAAAGUGAAUCUACCAACUCUAGAGUUAUUAAAUGGUCCAUUGUACAACUUGUGGUUUUGGUUGGAACUUGUGUUUACCAAUUGCGCCACUUGAAAUCUUUCUUUGUCAAGCAAAAAAUUGUAUAG